CAGUGGCGUCUGGACGAUUCAUGAGAGCUGAUCGGGACGUAGGUAGACAGUGUAUGUGAUCAUAUUCAUGGUCGGAGAUCCCCCACGUAGAUUGGGGCUUGGGUUUAUAUACACUGUAACGCUCGUUGUGCUUGACUCUAUCAAACCUCUUGACUGAAAUCACAGCGAUGCCUCAACCUUCAAAGUGUUCCCCACCUCUAUACCUUCCUCCUCCACCUCUUUCUGCUUUUCCAUCUUCAACUCCAGAUGUACCCUCCCCUCGACCUCGACCUCAGACACCGGCCAAUAUGCUCGUCAAAAUGAACGUCAACAGCGACAUUUGGGCUACAAUAUGUGAUGAGGAAAACCUUCGGAAUGAAAAAGAGGGGCCAGACGAGUUAGAGAUUCCUUGUGGAAAGGUCAUUUUGCAAGCCUUGAAGUAUCUCAAACAGGAGCGAACAGGAAGCUCCUGCAUAGAAACUGCAAUAGUUUUCAAGACACUUCGGACGGCUCUUCAAAUUGCCAACGAGCUGCCAAAUGUGAACCUCGCCGCGGAACAUCUGUCUUGCUUGGAACAAAAUUGCCAUUGGCAGGGUAACAAUCUAAAAGACCUUAAUCGUCACCGUCGCAGCCACUUCCAAUUAGAGCAAUGGAUCUGUCCGGAUUGCCAAAACAUAUCUUGGAAUAUUGAUCUAUUCAAAUCUCACAUCGCCUCUCAUGACUCUAUCGAGUCCACUUCACUUUAUCAUAUUGGGAGAAAUGGACAGAGGUCGUUCUAUUGCGGCUGCUGUAUGGACACCGUGCACUUAAUGGAUAGAAGGUCAAAGGCAUGGGAUGAACAAGACCUUCAUAUCGAGCAACAUAUUAAGGAAGGCGUUUUCAUACAGGUUGAACUUGGCUUACUUGGGCGAUUGCCAAAGAAUCAUACAGUUACGGCUGAAGGUGUCCAACGACGUCAAGAGAUACUUGGAGAAUUAGAGCUUCUUAAGCCUGGCGUCCCAGUCCCCCAGCCCUAGCUCUACAUCAAACCGUAACCCUAAUGUCAUCGAUCACGGAACCGCCGGAACAUCUCUCGUCCGAGGGUGCUAACGAUGCCGACCCCGAUAUUGUCCUCGUCGAAUGGCCGCCUUCACCUCCACCUCCGAUGGUUCGCGUUCCUAGCGACUUGUUCAAGCAAAAUCAUG